AUCAAUAGUUCCACUGCCUCCUCAAUCCAGAAGCCUCCGCUAAUAUCACCCCUCACUAUUUCGAGCAUCGGAGGACCAUCCAUCACGAUCCAUCUUAAUCAAAACAAGGGUAAACUUUCGUUUUUAGUCAAUCAAUGCUUCUAUUCAUAAUCUUUACAGUUUGUUUCCCAUGAUCGAAAAAGCUGAUAUUUGAUGCAUAAAAUGUAAAAUUGACAGCAAAAAAAAGGUGGAUAAUUCAGAAGGAAUUGAGAACUAAACCGGAAGCAAUCACAGUGUGAUUUUAAUUCCACAAAAGAAUCGAUCAAGAAAAGAAUGGCCCCCACCUUUAUCCGUGAUAUAGAACCUUUUCAAUUCAUUGAAGAAAUGAGAGCUCGGGUAGCAAGGAUAUGGAGGCCCAAAAAGUUCGAUACUGAUAUCUAUGAUGGGCUUCAUUAUGUUCUAAUCGAUGAAAGGGGCGAUGCUAUCCAUGCUAUAAUUGAUGAAUCACAUUAUCCAGUUGUUACAAACAAAAUGGAGGAAGGCAGGGUCUAUGACAUAUUUCGCUACCAUUCAAGAGAGAAUGACUUUCCAUUCAAAGUUAUUGAUCAUGAGGCACACCUCUCUUUUAACCGGAUGACAGAGUUCAAACAAGUUCAAGACUCUUCCUCAUCGAUUCCACGAUAUGCAUUCAACCUCCUUGAUUUCAGUGAGUUAGAUGACAAAAAAGAAGAUCAGAUAGUUCUGAUAGAUGUUUAUGGUUGUGUGAAGUCAAUCAUGCCAGAGUCCCAGGUCUUUGUGAGGAACAAAGAAAAAAUGGAAUCAAAGUGUGAAAUAACCUUGGAAAAUCUCAGGUACAUAAUCUUGAAACAUUCUUAUAACUUGAAAACAAUGUUUUCUUUCACAAACAAUAACAAUUCAAUUGUUUCACCAAAAUACAGGAGAGAGUACGUUAGAAUCACUCUGUGGGGCGAUAAUGCCAGACAAUUUGAUGUACAAGCUGUUCAAAAUCGUUCUCCACCGAUCUUAGCAGUAUUUACAAGCUUGCGGAUUACUGAAUUCCAACAACGAAUCACAUUGUCUGGAACGAAUCAUACCUGCAUGAUUGUAGACCCGCAAAUUCCUCAAAGACAAGAAUACAGAAAUGAAUUCUCCAAGCCAGGUGACAAAGUAAAGAUUCUUGCUAUCCCAUUUAAAUAGGCAACUCAAGAAGAGCUCAAAGAUCGACCAAAAAAAACAGUAUCAGAAUUGAACAUGCUUAAUCCACGCCUGUACAACAGCAAGCCUGUUUGCUGCAAAGCUAAAUCGCUAGAUUCUCGACACACAAUAGCUGGUGGUAUAACGGUUGUCCAAUCUGCCGCAAGCAGCUUCAAUAGAAACAAAAUUCUAAUGAAAUGAGUUGUAUUAAACAUAAAACACAACAGCCUUUGCCAUAUUACAGAGUAUACGUAACAAUCGAAGACCGGGAAAAUGAAGCCAUACUGAUUGUAAUGGGAGAAGCAGCUGAACAACUCUUUGGCAAUACCUGUCCAGAAUUACUAAA